CUGUCGCGUGCUACGUUUAAUCUCUUCUCUUAUCAGCUGGAACCCGUUUUCAACCCACAAAAAUGCCGGCAAAUAAAGAAAUGCCUCUCGAUAAAGCACAUCUUACCAACGUCCGGGUAAAUCUUUCCAGCGUGGUGCGUUCCGUUGACCUCUUGACUUCUGCCCUUAUCAGACGCGUCUCAGACCGCGAACUCCUUGAGCACACACUGCUCGCGCUUCGGCUAACCGAUUUGACGACACUCGCCGGAGAUGAUACGGACUCGAACGUUGCCAGACUUUGCUUCAGGGCCGCGUACCCUUUUUCUGACUACUCUUCGUUUGUCAGCAUGAAGGGAAAAGUGCACACUGCCGCGGUUUGUGUCUAUCCCACACGUGUGGCCGACGCAAACCGGGCACUGAAGGCACUGGGUAUGAUUGGUAAGAUCCAAAUCGCAUCGGUGGCCACUGGCUUUCCGUCCGGAUCGUAUCCACUGGAAACCAGAUUGCAGGAAAUACGGUACGCCAUCGAGCAGGGCGCAACCGAGAUAGACAUCGUUAUCGAUCGGAGUUUGGUACUGACCGGUAAGUGGGACCAACUGUACCACGAGAUUGUAAGCAUGCGCGAAGCUUGCGGUGACAAAGUGCAUAUGAAGGCAAUCCUGGGUAUCGGAGAGUGCGGUACAAUGGUCAAUGUGUUCAAAGCAUCAAUGGUGGCGAUGAUGGCCGGAUCGGAUUUCAUUAAAACGUCCACCGGCAAGGAAACGGUCAAUGCCACGCUCCCCGUAGGACUCGUCAUGAUCCGUGCCAUUCAGAAAUUCUAUCGUUUGACCGGGAAGAAAAUUGGCCUCAAACCAGCGGGUGGCGUGCGAACCGUCCAGGAUGCUAUCGCCUGGAUGGUCAUGGUACAACAAACGCUUGGCAGCGAGUGGCUCACCCCCGAAUUGUUCCGGUUCGGUGCCUCGGGAUUGCUGGAUGAUAUUGAGGAUCAAUUUGUCGCGGUUACAAAACGAUUAAAUGCCUAG